AUGGAUUUCAACAGUCUCAAAGAGCAGGUUAGCAACCUGACCUUGUACGAUAUCAAGGCCGGUGUUCGCAAGGUUCAAAAUGCUGUCAUGAAUUAUACCGAGAUGGAGGCCAAGGUCCGAGAAGCCACCAACAAUGAACCGUGGGGCGCAUCGUCGACGUUGAUGCAGGAGAUUGCGAGUGGAACACACAACUAUCACCUUCUCAACGAGAUUAUGCCUAUGAUUUACAAGCGAUUCACAGAAAAGACGGCGGAGGAGUGGAGGCAAAUCUACAAGGCAUUGCAACUCCUCGAAUUCCUCAUCAAACACGGCUCCGAACGCGUUGUCGACGAUGCUCGAUCCCACUUGUCCCUGAUCCGCAUGCUUCGCCAAUUCCACUAUAUCGACCCCAAUGGCAAGGAUCAGGGCAUCAAUGUGCGCAACAGAUCUCAGGAGCUCGUCAAAUUGCUGGGUGAUGUAGACGCCAUUCGCGCAGAAAGGAAGAAAGCUCGCGCCAACCGCAAUAAGUUCGGCGGCAUGGAAGGGACUGGCGGUGCGUUCUCGAGCGGCGGCGGUGGUGGUGGCAGAUACGGCGGUUUCGGCAGCGAUUCAUAUGGUGGUUACAGCGGAGGCGUGUUUGGAGAUGGAGGCGGAUUCGGCGGUGCAGGCGACCCUAGCGAUUUCAGGGACAGUGCCAGACGAUCGAGCCGGUUUGAGGAAUACGAUGAAGAAGAUGAUGAGCCCUCUGCGGCGCCUACAUCCCGACGACCUGCAGAACCUAGAGCACAGGCCAAAGCGCCUCAGCCGCCACCAAAGGGGCAAGAUGUUGAUUUAUUCGACUUUGGUGAUGAUGAUGUCCUUGCGGCCCCGGCGGCAGUACCGUCUUCCACGGCCGCUGGGAAGAAGCCUGCUACCGGUAUAGAUAUCCUCGGCGGCACCGCCGGGGGAGCGGACGACGAUGACUUUGAUGAUUUCCAGUCUGCCUCACCACCUGCUCCCGCGCCAACGGCGGUUACCACAACCGCAAGCACGCAAUUCGUUGCACCGAAACCAGUCUCCGCAGCCCAAGGCGCCGAUUUGACAGGUCUUGUGGGGUUCACAUCAAACACCACCACGCCCACAGGCUCAACGACAAUGUCCCCGCCUCCUCUAUCGACAGGCUCGGCAUUCGCAGCACCAGCAGCACCGCUCCAACAACAACAGAAACCAUCCGGCUACCAAGCCCCAACACCAAACUACUAUACCUCCGUAAACGCAGGCUUCAACAACCAGCCCUCCGUACUAUCGCCCACCUCAACUCUCAGCGGCAGACCCGGCAUGGGCGGAACCACAUCCUCUUUCUCCUCCCUCACCUCCCCAACCAGCACUACAGCAUCAUCCCCAUCUCUCACCUCAGCAGGCCAAAAACCCGCCACCAAAUCUGCCGGCGGAGACGUCUUUGGAUCCCUGUGGAACACCGCAAGCGCCAGCGCCGGAAUCCAGAAGACUGCAGCGCAAAAGGGACCUAAUCUGGCAAGUAUGGCCAAGGAGAAGUCCAGUGCCGGUAUUUGGGGCACUACUGGAAACACAUCAAAUAACAACAGCGGAUUCUCGUCGUCUAACAGGCCGGCUAAUGGAGGGGGGGAUUUGCUUGGUUGA